AUGGAUUGUUUUACGUUCCCAGAACGCCCGAGGAUUAAUAAUAACGACACUCUGAUCGGAACUCCACUUCUGAUAUCGGAAUUUGGGUCUAUUGGUGAAUGUGGAAAAAUGGUCAACAAUGAAACAUCUUAUAGAAAACACAAUGACAUGAAAUUGUUUUUACUCGAGUAUAACCAAAUGAGUCAAAAACAGCGUUUUGAGAGAGGACAUCAAACGCGUGAUUUAUUGAAAGAUUGUUUUUACGAGGGCAAAACUUGUUCUAAAAGCCAUUUCGGUUUCUUUCAAAACUUCCGUUACGGAAACUGCAUAGCAUUUAAUCGUAGAUCAGAAGAACCUCUUCUCAUUUCGCGAACCGGCCCUGACAGUGGGCUGACGUUAAACUUGAAACUGGAGAGCAUCUACUAUCUUCCGACUUCGGAGACAUACGGCGCAAAAGUAGUCAUUCAUCAUCCAGACGAGAUCCCCAAUCCCGAAGAAGCAGGAUUUGCUGUCAGUCCUGGAUAUGAAACGUCCAUAGCUUUGAAGGAAACGGAUGUUCAUAGGCUGCCAGCUCCCUACAAGGAUGAAUGUCUCCACUACAAAGGGGAAGAUUCGGUUUCUUUCAAGCGUAGUAAAAACAGCUGCAUACGUGCUUGCAUCCAAAAACAAAAUUUCGAAGAGUGCGGCUGUGUUGACCCAACUCUGUCAGUUCUUGAAGAUCUGAAGCCUUGUAGCCUGAUAAAUGAGACAGAAGUAUGCUGUUUGAACGAAGUUCUCAACACCAUGUCUCUUUCGAGAUCAACAUGUGGUUGUCCGCUUCCGUGCCUUUCAGUUCAGUACAAUGGAGUGUUGUCGAGAUCCAAAUUGAGGGAGGAAACGCUGUUUUUGGAUAUUAACAGAUGCAAGGAUAUUGAUCCAUUUCGAGAUUAUAAAGAAGAAAAUGUACGAUUGAAGAUUUUUUAUUCGAGUUUGCAGAUAAGGGUGUACCAACAGUUACCGAGGUGGGAAGAUUGGUCGUUCCUAAGUUUUAUAGGAAAUGAAUUAGCAUUGUGGUUAGGAAUCUCGAUGGCGGCAGUUUUCCAAGUAUUCGAAAAAAUGACCCUUUUUCUAAAAAAGAUAUAUUUAAAACAUCAACUGAGUCAUUGA